UUAUGGUGGUGGGUUUAGUGGAGCAGGAUUAGCGGAGCGUCUGAACGCACUGGCCUCCUUCAGAGAUAUAACUAAUGUUUACAUGCAGGUAGAUUUAUUUGUAUUCAGUUACAGUGUUUUCUCUCUAAUGGUCUGGGGCAAAGAAGGUUGAUUUCAUCCUAAAGUGGGACUCAGACAGCAGCAUGGCAGAUGAGAAUGAGAAACCUGCUGUUGCUCCUCCAGUUUUUGUGUUCCAAAAGGAUACAGCACAAAAGCGGUCAGCGGAGGGAUCCAGCACAGAGGAUGGAGAGGACUCUGAUAAAGAAGAUGGCAGUUACUGCCCUGCUGCUAAGAGAGGAAGAACAUCGUCUUUCACACAGUUCCCACCCGCUCACUCUGUUUCUAAGAAUAAUGUUUUCAUGCCAUCCAGUUCUUGUCAAUCACCAACUGCAAACUCAGACUCAGAACCUGAGGAGAAGACGGUGGGGUUUCGUCUGAAGCCCCCCACAUUGAUCCACGGCCAGGCUCCAAGUGCUGGUGUCCCGAACCCCAAACCCAAAGAAGCUCAGCGCAGCAUCCUGCGACCUCCAGUGCUGCAAGCCCCACCGGCCCGAACUCUCCCUCGGAGCGACACAAGCAAUAGAAGUGCAAAUGGACUGACAAACUCCUCAGAAGCAGAAGGUGAAAGUAACUCAGAGGUCUCGAAUGCUGGCAUAGAGGAUAAUGACAUGUCAUCGGUGAAGAACAGCAGAACCUUUGGUGAAAAAAUGUGCGACAAACCCAUAGAACAUGGUGCCCUGAUUGAGUCCACGUUUGUAUUUGGACAGAAUAUGAAGGACAGAGCGAAGGUGGGUAAAAGCUGUGACUUGUCUGAGAGGGAAAAUACAGAUUGUCCUUCAGCAGAAAAUUCAGAGGAAACAAAUUACUUCUUACAGUACAUCAGUUUCAGUGAUCAGAAAGCUGACAACAGAAAUGCCAACUGUGCGAAGUUUGUUUUUGGACAGAACAUGUUGGAACGUGUUUUGGCACUGCCGAAAUGCAGCUCUGAACCGACAGGGGGCAGCAGCGAGCCACAGCCAGACAUCGGGUUCUUCAGCCAGCUUUCCUCCUCACAAGAUCACAGCCUGGAGAAGAGUGACAACACAAAAGAGUCUCUGGAAGAGUCUGCAGCACGGCAUGAAGCACACAAAACUCAGAAGUGUUUAUUAGAGCGAGUGGAGGUCAAGACAGGAGAGGAGUCUGAGAGCAAUGUGCUACAGAUGCAGUGCAAGUUGUUUGUGUUUGAGAUGGUGUCUCAGUCUUGGGUGGAAAGAGGAUGUGGAGUGCUAAGGCUCAAUGAUAUGGCAUCUGCUGAGUACGGCACCUUACAGUCCAGACUGGUCAUGAGGACUCAGGGAAGUCUUCGAGUGAUCCUCAACACAAAGCUUUGGUCUCAGAUGCAGGUGGAUAAAGCCAGUGAGAAGAGUCUAAGAAUAUCAGCUAUGGACAAAGAGGAGCAGGGCGUCAAAGUCUUCCUAAUUUCUUCCAGCUCUAAGGAUGCUGCCCAGUUGUAUGCAGCCUUGCAUCAUCGUAUUCUGGCACUGCGGAACAUCGAUGGUAAAGAGUCUAAUGCCCCACCAGCUUUUCCUGGGGGUGAGGUCAUCUGCUUCAGCGAUGACGAUGAGUCCCGCACACCCCCUGCAGUAGCUACACCUGCAUCAGGUAAUCCAGAGGCAGGUGUGCAUCCAUCCACAGGGGACAAUUAGUGCUGAAUCUGCUACUGAUUUCAAGCCCACAAUGCCUCACUGCAGUCCUCUUACUAUGCAGGUGUUUAUCUCUAAACUUAAUCCGUGGGUAUACUGUAGUUGUGCGCUCCUUAGUUUAUUAGAUUGGUUUUAUUUAUUUUUUUAUUUAUAGAACUGGACAUGUAACACUCUCAACAUCAUCAUAUUGAUGAGAACAAGAAGCUCUUAGUUUUAGUUUGAGUGAACAGUCACAUUAUCAUUCUAAAUGCGAGCAGUUUGUUUCUGUGUGAGGUUUGAUAUUUUUUUCAUACAGUACAAAACACGGAUGUGUAUUUUCCCAUUUCAGCUUCCAUCAAUGCUCUGCUCAGUUCCACCUGCAUCGUUAAAAUCCUCCCUUAUGAAGCUGCACUGCAUUAGAUCUUAAACAUAAUAUCUCUUACUUAAGAUAAAUCAUGGGAUCCGUAAGUCACGUUUAUAUUAUUCUGUAGCUUACUUGUGUGACACUGUAGAAUGUACAAUUUUGAAAGCAGAUUGCCAAUUAAACUGCUCUUACCUUGAGGUCUAGAAAUAGUUCAGAAUCAGAACCUUCACAAUGCAGCCCUGAAUUGAGGUAGAACCCGUUUAGUUCACAUUUGUUCUGUCUCUUCAUUUAACUUGUGCUGCACAUCAGAUAUAUUUUUGCUUUUAAUCAUCAUUAAAGUAUGGUUGUAACUCCAACUUGGACUCUUAGUUUAAAUGGUGGUUAUUAGAGGAGUGAACCUCAUGUUAAGGCCACAGCUCUCACACAAAAGGAACAGUUGUACAGUGUAGUACAGUUAUAGUAAUUAUAUUUUUAUUAAUAUGUUCUGUAUAUUAGAGUUAGUAUUGUACAUAGUUUAGGAGACAAAAGUUUAUAGCAAAAUAUCUUAUUAUAGAAGUGUAUUCUUAUUGUAAAAAAAUAAGUUGCAUAUUGUCUGUUACAGGUUGGUUUGUGUGGUGGGGAUACAGUGGUUUUCAUCGUAAAUAUUUUUUUGUUGAAUGAGGAGCUUCCACCAUUAGAUCAGCAAAAUGUAAAUUAUAAGCUUGGUUCUCACUGUAUCGAUGGGAAUUUUGUUAACAACAUUACAGAUCUGUAGGUUUUUAGGGUUUUAGGGAUUUUUUUUAAAAAAAGGUUGAGCAAUAUUUUCUUGGAAAGAACUGAAUCGCAUCUGUGUAUGUGGUUUUACAAAAGGUCUAUUUGGAUGAAUCUAGUAUUUCACCCCAAAAAUAAAAUAAAUUAUUAAUUAUAAAUGAUUAGAAUUUAUUUAAUUAUUUGAAAAUCGGCAAAUGUUUUAAAAUAUUUUUAUUUUAAAUAAAACAUUUAAACAAUUUUAUGGCAAUUAAUCACAUUGCCCCCUCCCCCCAUUCUGAGUAACCUAAUGUGACAAAAAAUGAGUCUUAUAACUGUAAUGUAACAUAUAGAUAAUAUGUUGAUUCUAAAGUAUAUAUACACAUCACAGUAGUAUUUGUUGUACUACCUUUAGUUUAUGCUGAUUAAAAAAAAAAAAAACAUGUAAUGAUAAUAUAAUUGUGUCCGGAAAGGAUGAUUUUUUAAAUUAUUAUUAUUUAUUGAUUUAUUUCAUUUUUCUUUUGCUUCUGUUGUGAAAUAUGCCUCAAACAAUUAUUUGUGAGAUUCACUUAUUAUACUUUUUCAAGAUUUUUUGGAAGAAACUAAACCUAGUUCAUCUUCAUUUAUUGAAGGCAGCUGAUCAUCCAGUGUGGAUCAGACUCGUGACUCAUGAGGCACAUUACUGCCAAACAACUUGUGUGACUCUCACGCAGUUAAGUCAAAAAAGGGCUUUCCCCCACUGAAUAAUGUAUGCUGCUGAACAAUGCCCAAUACACUGCCAGUGUUUGGUAUUCAUUUGUAGCAUAUUUUAAUAAUACAAAAUGUGUCAAUGGAAAACAAUGUGUAGUACAUUGUGGGACUGUUUCUAUUCAUGUAUCCUGAAAUGUGUUUAAAUAAGAUGCACCAGUUCUCCAUGUAGAUGGAGGGACCUUUUGUGCAGCUGAAGAGCAGGAUGCAUAGCAUCUGACAGUCUGACUGUUAAGAAGAAAGGGUAGACAUGAAUAUCCUUCAGUAAUGUGUAGCUGUUUUUCACCUAAAUGUGUUUAAACCAGUGGAACAGGUUACCCAAGUAGUUUUAUAGUAGUAUACUCUCUAAAAAGCUGUUCAUGUGAAAACAUAUUUUAAUUAAAAUAUUGUACAAAAUAAAACGAGAGAUAUAUGUAGAUAUGUCGGUCAAAAUGUUAAGUAGACAAAUUUAGCAGGGAAAUUUGAAGUUGUAUUUUUUUAGUCCCGUUUCCAUUGAUUUUUAGUGUUUUUUAUUUUACUUUUUACCAACUAUAGCACCUAAUUAUUGUUGUUUUGUAUUCAUAUUUAUGUUGUCCUUUCUCUUGCUCUUAACAUUACAUUCUGUUGCUCCACUUCAGAAUGAAUGUGUACAUUUGGCCCCUAAAAGUGUCUAAAUGGCUUUGCAUUAGAUAACAAGAUUAAACCAAGUGGCAUCUGGAGACAAAUUAUGCUAGACCUUUAGAAUUGAGCUUUUCCAUUUUCCAGUUAAUUCAAUCUUCCCUGUACUUUAAACCAACUGGUCCUACUGUGAUUUUAGUGGAUGUAUGAAGUCAGUUCACACAAGUGCUCUAGCAGAUUAACCACAGGUGUAGUUUUACAUUAUGUGUAUCACAUUAACGAAAUAGUUUUUGUCUCCAUUUUUAACAAUCUACAUAUUGUAUUGUAAUUUAUAAAUACUUUUUAUGAAAUGUUUUGCUUGCAAAUGUGUUUGGUGCUAUAGUUCUUUACAAAAAGGACACUUGGUUUGAUAUUUAGUUAUAAAUUGCAAAGACAUUAAUUUGUUUUUAAGUGUGACCUUAGUGUACAAUUAUGUUUGGGGGGGCCUCUAUAUGUCCAUAAAAGCUUUCUAUUGUUAGAUGUUUCCCAUCAAUAUGACAGCAUGCAAAUUGGCAGAGCUAAAGGUUUACGAAACUGAUGUUUGCGUAGGAAGAGUUGAUUGCUGUAAAUGUUUACAUUGUGUGUUGCAGGACACACUCCUGGUCUUUUUUUGUUCCAUUUUGGUUUGUUUGUGUAAACCUCAGAGAGACUGUGAACACACGGGUGCUAUUUCUGGUCCAGAACCACUCAACUGCACUGGUCUUGUGGUUUUAAUAUACAAUUUCACUCUGAUGGAAGUGAUUUCGAGAUGAUUUAGAAGGGCUAGGCUGCUGUUGGACUUAAGCAUCUGUUGACUUCACUGGGAUAAUUAUCUUUCUUUUUUUUUUCUAAUCAUAAUUUGGAAAAGUGUAAUGAUUGUCAAAUGUUGUUGUCAGUGUGGUCAGUAAUAGACAUUGCUGUUUUCCAUGAACCAUGUGGCAAGUUGAACCAUUAUAAAACCUAAACCUGGAAUGUUCAAAUAA